UCCAUGGGUGUGUGUCCUCGUUCUGUGUUCUAGCCAAUUAUCCCAUUACACAACAACCGAUAUUAACAAAGUUUCAGUUGGAGCGCCGUCGCAUUGGAGUCAAGCUCCUCUGGAUCGCAUAAGGAAUUAAAGGAAUUGACUGGACUUCGCCGAAUGCAAGUGGGAAUUCAAACUGACUUGCAGUGAGGAGGCAUGAUGUGGAGAGACGCGGGAGUCACACUGAUACUGUCACUAAUUCUGCCUGUGGUCGCUCAGGGAGCACGCCACACCCCCCCAGGAAAGCCCAAGCUGACCAGCUGCAGGUCCCCAGAUAAGGAGACCUUCACCUGCUGGUGGGAGGCAGGCUCUGAUGGGGGGCGACCCACCACCUACUCCCUCUUCUACCACAAAGAGAACUCUGAAACAGUCUAUGAGUGUCCAGACUACCAUACAGCGGGGGCCAACUCCUGUUUCUUCAACAAGAAUGAAACAUCCAUCUGGAUCAACUACAACAUCACUGUAGUGGCCACCAACGCCCUCGGCAGCAACUUCUCUGACCCUGUGGACGUAGACGUGGUCUAUAUAGUCCAGCCACACACACCAGAGAACGUGACGGUGGGGGUGUUGGAGGACGAAGAUGGUCCUUUCCUCAGGGUGUCAUGGGAGCCGCCCCGUAAGGCUGACACACGUUCCGGCUGGAUCACCCUUAUCUAUGAGCUCAGGGUCAAACUGGAGGAGGCAGAGGAGUGGGAGGAGCACCGCGCGGGUCAGCAGAAAAUGUUCAACAUCUUCAGCCUGCACUCUGGUGGCGUCUACAUGGUCCAGGUCCGCUGCAAACCAGACCACGGCUUCUGGAGCGAGUGGAGCGCCGCCAGCUAUGUCAAAGUCCCAGACUAUAUCCCCCGGGAACGAUCCAUGUGGAUCCUGAUAGCAGUCUUCUCUGCCUUCAUCUUCCUGAUUCUCACAUGGAUUAUCACCAUGAACAGAACCAGUGUGAAGCACUGUCUACUACCUCCAGUUCCUGGACCUAAAAUAAAAGGAUUUGAUAAACAGCUUCUCAAGAAUGGGAAGUCAGAAGAGGUGUUCAACGCCUUGGUAGUCCAAAGUUUCCCUCCGAGGUCUACUGACUACGAAGAUCUGCUGGUGGAAUACCUGGAGGUUUACGUCAACGAGAAACAGGAACUGAUGCUGGAGGGGAAAGACCUCCAAGAUGUCGGUUGCCUCAAGUCCAAGAACCAGUCGGACAGCGACUCAGGCCGGGGCAGCUGUGACAGUCACACCUUGCUGAUGGAGAAGUGUGGAGGUGUGGAGUCCAAGGAGGAGUCGAGCUACGAGGAACCCGAGCUACUGCAGGGCCAGGCGGGGUCUUGGGAGAGGCUGGAGAGGGGAGACAGCCAGGAGGUGGACAGCCCAAAUUCAUCAAAUGGGAGGGUCAAGACCUGGCCGUCAGUCUUCUCCCCGUCGAUCCAUGGAUCCUCCGACAACCACCACUAUGGUACACUUGAGAUGCCCAAGCAGCACAGCACAAGUGAGACAACAUACAGCAUCCCAGAUCAUCUCUUCCCCACAUCCACCUCCUCUUCCCACCACCACCCAGAGUACAGCCUGGGAGAGUACAGCGAGUACCGUCUCAGCAGAUCCCCGUCCGCUGGAGCCGCUUCCCACUGGGAAGCCCAGCACCUCCAGGCCCAUAUCAACUUCAACAUCCACAAUCAGGAGCACCAGAGAGAAGCCACGGUGCUUGGGCUGUCCCCGUCCCGGUCCAUGGAGUACGUGGAGGUCCAGAAAGUGAACCAGGAGAACCAGCUGGUGCUGAAGCCCCUCUCCAGCCAUAGCCGGGGCCCCUUCCAGGUGCAGUUCGGCGGGGCUGGGGUGGACUACAGUAAAGUCAACGGGGUGAACAAUGACAACGUGCUCUUGCUGCAGAGGCAGAGGGAGAUGGCUGAGGCUGAGCGGUACUGUGACUACCAGGAGAAGGAGGGGCGUUCGGCUGAGAGAUGUCCCACACAGCAGCAGGGCAAGGCGGCCAAAGACGGGCCUGUAGCUACCCAGCUCCAGGAGAGCAUGUGCCUGACCACCAGUGGCUAUGUGGACACUGCCACUAUGAUGCCCACCUUCUAGAGGGUCUGAAAGACGGUCUGUGUGCUAAACUCCCUGCUCCUCCUGUAGUCGCGAGCUGGGUUGUGACGUCACACAGUUAGACAGUUUGCUAUUGUCACUCUCCAUUCUGUCAGUCUCCAGCUCAGCACAGGAGUUUUGUACAUUGAGGAGGCCUGGAUGGAUAGUUCUCUGGAGGAUAAAAACUAUUCUCUCUGAGACUAAGCUAAUCUCCCAAAAAUGUACAAACACUUUGAGAUAGUGAGGAGAGUUUCUGUCAGAGACGGGACCUAAACCCUUUUACUCCUUGGAGAGCAUAGCUCACCCACAAUCUGUUAAAGAACCAACUCUAUAUGUGUACUUCAUGCAAGAACCGAUGGAAAACAGCUUUAUGCUUCAGAAUCCACAGAAUGAAUAGCUAUAUAUUUAUUUUUUUAAAUAUGAUUUUUAAUGAUGAUAAUGAAUGUAUUUGAUCAUAAUGGUGUAAAUUGAAGUGUAUGCUAAUUAUUACUUAUUUCAGCUCUGUUGUCUCUCUGUGUAAUGCAAAUUGCAACUCUACUGAUUUCCAAAGGUACUACUGCACAUUAUUUCCUCAACGGACUUCCAAAGUAUAAUUUUCUGUAUACAGUUGUUAUGCGGGUGUAUGUGAAAUUAUUCUUGUAGAACCAAAACUGGGGGAACCUCUAAAUAAAUUGUAAUUUAUUAUUCUGACUUUUAUAAAUGUGUCUAGUCUAUCUAUAGUCUCAGAGAUACUGUAUCAGAUCUCAGCUGAUGAUUCAGUUUCUGGUUUAGAAAACUAUAGUUAUAUAAAAAGUUUUCUAUAACUGUAAGUAAAAUGUUGUUUUAAAGAAAAGAAGGAAGUACAAAGAAAAAAAGCACUACAGAAAGAAAUACAGGGAUAUUUUUCAUACAGAGUUUAUUUUGGUGAAAGUACAUACAGAUUCUUUACUAUAUUGAUUAUUUGUUCAGUCAAGUAUAUUGAUUUGUUCAAUCUGUGAAUUAAAAUGCUGCUCAUUAAAGAUGAAAUAUAGAUACAUGAUUAUUUAUUACUAAUGAUUUAUUACUUAUUCUAGAUUAUUCCCAUUAUUUUACUUCUAAAUUAGCCUCGGAAGCUAAUUUCUUGUUAUCAUGAUACUCUUCCACAUUUAUUGUGAAUUGUAAAUGUUGCACAGUGGUCAGACAGCUAGUGAUGGCUAUUACGGUUUGUUAACAAUUCUUUUAUUGAACUGAAGGUACUCAUGUAGAAUUCCCCGCACCACAAAUGUUGUCAAAGUAGCGAUUUAUACCUACAGAUGUAGCGGUCUUUAUAUGUACCACAGAACCACCAAGAAAUGAAGAGCAACACCACGGCUGUCUUUUAUGUAGAUCUACAAUGAUAUUAUGAAAAGACAGGACAGGAACACAUCAGUCUCCAAUGCACCAUCUGACAUGUUGUUCUAUAGAGACAUUUUUCUUAUGUCUUCCACAAGAUUGAAUGAAUAAACAGAGACGGUGUGGGCGUAGAGAGGAGGGGCUUGCAAGAGGAUAGGUGUGCUAGCUGUUUUCAAAGUAAAAGCUGUGUGACUCUGACGUUACCUGACCACCGCUCCAAUGCUUGGUGGCUUCACAGACAGGGAGCUUAUAUUAACCCCUAGAGUUGAUGUCUGCGGCCCCGAGGAAAUCUAAUUAGCACAAUAAUAAAAUCCCCAUCAAAAUCCGUCAGUUGAAGAUGUAUUAUUUUGUAUAUAUUUUUGCAUUUUUCAAUCCACUGCGUCCACAGAUGUCGCCCUUCCGCAUCUGCCGUGAAAGGAGACAGAGAUAGACUGUGCUACC